AAAAUUCCCUUAUCCUUCAUUUGUUACCCUUCUCGAGCCUUGACGCCCAACGAUCUCCCACAGAAGAAGCCCUAGAUGGAUCUCCUGAAGCAAGAGCUUCUCAAGAAGCGCCAAUCUCUGGCCGAAGACACCGGGGGCAAGCGAUUUUUUAAGCGGUCCGAGAUCGAACAGAAACGAAUCCAGAAGCUUCGCGAGCAGGAAAAGCGCGAGUUAGAAGCUAAAUCUCAGCGCCAUGCCACCUCCGCCGCCGCCGACUCCGCCGACCCAACCUCCUCUUCCAACACCUCCAAACCUGCCAACUCGAUCGUUUCCAACGCCGCCUCGUCCGCCUCAUCUACUUUCAAACCCCUAACGGACGAGCAAAACAUCGAUAACCUUGUUCUUCCGAAACAAGAGGUAAUUCGCCGACUCCGGUUCCUGAAACAACCCGUCACCCUCUUCGGUGAAGACGACGAUGCUAGGCUGGAUAGGUUGAAGUAUGUGUUGAAAGCUGGUUUAUUUGAAGUCGACAGUGAUAUGACAGAGGGGCAGACCAACGAUUUUUUGCGUGAUAUUGCGGAAUUGAGGAAGCGGCAGAAAACUGGGAUUCUGAGCGAGAGAAAGCGGCAAAAGGCAGAUGAUGGGUCGGUGGACGAUGGAGAAGGUGGCGCCGGCGAAGAGGAUUUGAGCGCAGAUGGCGGGUCGAGUGGCGUUGACGCUGAUAAGGAUAUAAAACGAAUGAAGGCUAAUUUUGAGGAAUUGUGUGAUGAGGAUAAAAUUCUUGUAUUUUUCAAGAAGCUGCUGAAUGAGUGGAAUCAGGAACUGGAUGAGAUGCCAGAGUCGGAGAAGCGAACAGCCAAAGGGAAGUCAAUGGUUGCCACCUUCAAGCAGUGCGCGCGUUACCUGAACCCUCUUUUCAAGUUUUGCCGGAAGAAGGUACUUCCUGAUGAUAUCCGUCAGGCGUUAUUGCUUAUGGUCGAAUGCUGUAUGAAGCGAGAUUAUUUAGCUGCAAUGGAUCAUUAUAUAAAGCUGGCCAUAGGGAAUGCACCCUGGCCUAUUGGUGUUACUAUGGUUGGUAUUCACGAAAGAUCUGCUCGUGAAAAGAUUUACACCAAUAGUGUAGCUCACAUCAUGAAUGACGAGACAACACGAAAAUACUUGCAGUCAGUGAAGAGAUUGAUGACAUUUUGCCAACGACGCUACCCAACAUUGCCAUCUAAAGCAGUUGAGUUUAACAGUUUGGCAAAUGGUAGUGAUUUGCAGUCACUCCUGGCUGAAGAGAGGUUUAGUGGGGUUAAUCAGGCAUCUGAGGAAAGGCUUCGUAUAAUGUCUGGUCCGAGAGAGAGUUAGCGAUUGACGACAUGCUUGUAUUGAGAUAUAACAUCUUACUUUCUCGUCUUGUGAUGUAAAUUACGUUUGUUUACUUGAAACCAUCUGUUUCUGUUGUUUAAAAGCAUUAUUUUUUA